AUGUCACCUGAAAAGUCAGCUCUUGUUCUCUUCACCCGACACAGACUACACACAAGCACUAGCGUCAAGAUGUGCGGGUUGGACAUUCCAAUAAAAAAAGAUUAUAAAUAUUUAGGAAUGGUCCUAGAUAGCAAGCUUAUAUGGAAUAAGCACAUCGAACAUAUAAAGAGCAAAUGUGACUAUGGUACUAACAUGCUUAAAUGUGUCAUAAAAACCAAGUGGGGUGCAGCUCCUGUAAUUGCUCUGCAAUUCUACAGAGCAUACAUUCGCUCCAUAUUGGAUUAUGGUAGUCCUUUGUACGGGGUGGCGGCAGUAUGUCAUCUGCGUGCUGUCGACAGAAUUCAAUAUAAUGCAUUAAGAAUCUGUAUUGGAGCUAUGAAAUCUUCGCCGGUUCAAGCGAUUUUAGUGGAGGUUCAGGACCCGCCACUGUAUAUAAGACGCAACUAUCUAGCUUCCAAGGAAGUCAUUAAACUUAAAACCUUUUCUUUCAACAGUGCAAUCAUGAAAAGUGUAUAUCAACUCGCAAUUAAUAACCUAACUUCAAACUACUGGAAGUUCAAAAAAGGACCUAUGUUGGCAGAAGCGUUCAUAAAUACUGAAGUAGAUGUAGAAAGUAAAUAUAGCAAACUUCCAAUUUACGAUCUUGACUUCGACGCUAUCAUGUUCAGACCGACUGUUAUAUUCCCAAAAUACAACGAAAGUAGCGCGUACAAUAAAGCACUUCUGCGAUCCAUACUGGGUCGAUACAAUAACUAUAUGAACAUUUAUACAGAUGGAUCGAAAUCCUCAAGCGGGACUGGACUGGCGUUUCUCGUUCCAAAUACCAAUCUUCAUUAUAAAUGUAAAAUUCCGGAAUCAUGUUCCAUAUUCACUGCUGAAACGUUAGCCAUAGACAGGGCGUUAAAAUGGCUUAUAGAAGUCAAUAUUUCACAAAACGCGGUUAUUCUGUCUGACUCUAAAUCCGUUCUUGCUGCACUAACUAAUCUAAAUUUCUUUAAAAUGGGUAAUUCAGAGAUCAUGUGUCAACUAAAGCAACGCAUAUUUACAUUAGAAACCUCAAAACGAAAUGAAAAGGCAGACGAACUUGCCAAAGAAGCUGCAUCGGGAACUAAAUUAUUCAAAAUUUCGCCUUUUUACGACCUAGUGAAUUCGGCAAGGAAGAACAUGAGAUUAAGCUGGGAUCUUCAUUGGCAAGAUUUUACGACAAAGUCCAAGAACCAUUAUACCUUGAUACACCCCAAGGUACCAUGCAAGACACCACAUAUUUCAAAUUUCAAUGUCACCAGAAAAUACGCGGUCUCAAUCACUAGAUUAAAACUUAACCACGGGAAAUUCCCCGCUCACCUUAAUAAAAUUGGCCUAGCCGAGUCGCCCUACUGUUCAUGCGAUAACUUGUCAAUAGGUGAUUUAAACCACAUCUUCUUCUCAUGCAAAAAUUUUAUCCACGCCAUUAAACAACUGCAAGAAAUUCUGAUAACAAAUUCAAUUCCUCUACCGGUAAACAUAACGACAUUACUUGAUACUCAUAACAAAAACAUAUUUGAUGCUCUGGUCAAUUUCAUGAAUAGCAUUCAAAUGGACAUUUAA